UGUACUGUACGACGUUACCGACGAUAAAAGGAAGAAACUUUGGACCAUAUUGCAGAGUAAAAGUGUUUUCGCCGGCGAAGUGAGAACUAUUUUUUCCGGUAAAAUUACACAGAAACACAUCUGCAACUGCAAGUGAGCUCUUUCCCGACUUGGCUAGGUUUUUUGUGGUGCUUUUACUUAUGGAAACAAGAAUGAUACCAGUGCUGUGUUAUUGGAAUGGUUGUAUAAAAGAUGGUCCUGAUGGUCCAUACUAUGAAGGAUCAGUUCCAAGAGUUAUUAGAGUUGAAGGCGACAUUGACUUGCCCAAAUUGUUGGAUCAUGUGCAUCGAGUUACUGGAUUUGAAAGGGGGAAGUUUCAGAUUGGAUUGAUUUGUAGGUAUCCUUACAUUGUUCAGAAAUCUAUGGUGAAGUAUGUGCGUUUGCCUAUUGUGGAUGGUUGUAGUUUAGAGACUAUGCUUGAGGUUCCAAGUUAUCAUCCUUCUAUUAACAAUGUGGAGUUGUAUUUAGAGGUCAAACCGGUUCUUGAUGAAGGUAUCGUCGGUCUUGUUGCUAGUUCCUUGGCGAAUCAGGCGACGCGGAAGCGUUCUCGGCAAGAGGAUGGUGAUAUCGAAGUAGAAGUAAAUGUGAGUGUGAGAGAUAAAACAUUAAGAACUCCUCAGGAGGGUAACAGUAACGGGUGGAUUGAAGAAGAGGAAAGUAUGGAUGGCAGUAAGUGUAACUGUGGAGAUGGUGGUAAAAGUGGGACUGCACAGAAGGAUUCAAAUUUGAAAAAUCCAGGUCCAACAAUAAGCCUCAUAGAAAAGGACUCAGAGCAGAUGAUUUUCUCUAGUGAAUGGCUUGAUGAACGUGAGUUGCAUCUUGGGAUGGUUUUUCGAGAUAAAGAUGAGUUGGAGAAAGCAGUGCAGUUGUACUCUAAUCGAAGACAACGAAUGUACACUAAAUACGAAAGUGACCUUUCAGGUAUCUAUGAAUGUAAGUGCAAGACUUACUGCGUAUGGAUUCUCAAGGCUGCUAAAACGAACAACGAUGGCUUUAAGAUAACAGAAUAUAUAGGUCCACAUAGUUGUGAGCCAGCAGAUGUGAGCUCAGAUUUUCUGGCAGGUGAGCUCAAAGGUCUAAUCAAAGCUCAGCCCUCGCUCUCAGUUGCAGAGCUAAACAUGUGGGUGAAAGAAGAAUUUGGCUACGCAGUCUCGUGUACUAAUAUGCGGGAUGCUAAAAAGAAAGCUUUCAAUGCAAUCUUGCGAGAUUUGGACAAGAGUUUUCACAUAUUUCCCAAGUUCAUGGCUGCCCUUAGCUCAUCUAACAAGAUGGUCUUGGAAUGGCAAUAUGAUAUUUUUCCUGAUCCCAAAUAUGCAUCCUUUCGUUCCGUUUUUUGGGCGUUUCAACAGUCAAUUGAAGGGUUUCCUCACUUCAGACCUUUGAUCAUAGUGGAUACAAUAGACUUGAAUAAAUACCCUGCAAAAAUGUUGGUUGCAGGGGGAUUUGAUGCUGAAAACAGUUUUUUUCCACUUGCGUUUGCGAUUACUACCCAAGAAAGUUUGUCAGCUGAUACCUGGCGUUGGUUCUUUGCGUGCAUCAGAGAUAAAGUAACGCAAAGGAAGGCCUUUGUCUUAUAACAAGUCUGAGUCCUGACAUAGUUGAAGUUGUUAACGAACCUGAGUGUCUGUGGGCACAACACCGGUUUUGUCUUAGGCAUAUGUGCUUAAAGUUUUAUGAUGUUUUCCAUAACAAUCUCAUGACAGAGUUAGUUUACAAGGCUGGAUCCACGAGGGACAAAUCAAGUUUCGAAUACUACUUGAAGAAAAUCGAAAAGAUGGACCCAGAGGCUCGAAAAUGGUUAGAAAAAAUGCCUCUGCAUCUAUGGGCUCUGGCUUACGAUGAUGGUGGGAUUAGAUUCGGGAUCAUGACUGCAAACACAAUCUUUAAGACUUAUGGUUUCAUAGACAAUCUUCGAAUGACAACCUGCAUCUUCCUAAUCUUUGAUCACCUGGCAGAGCUUUUCAAAUCUCGACAUGGUCUUCCCGCGGAUUCACUGAACGGAAGAGACCUAUACGCUAAACAUGUGAUGACAAAUCUUGAAGAAUACAAGGUAGCUUCUCAAACACAUGAUGUAUUGCCAUUAGAACAUACCGGAGAGAGGUUUCAGGUCACAGAAAUGAUGCAAGUUGGAGAGAAGAGAUUUGUUGUUCAUUUCAGCAACCGGGUAUGCAGUUAUGCACAUGUGGGAUAUGGCAACUUUGCAAAUAUCCGUGUUCACACGUGAUAGCAGUUUGCAGGAGGAUGAACAGUGACCAUUUGCAGUAUAUAAAUGACUACUACAACACACAGAGUUCUCUUCGAGGUUACGCAGCUGCUUUUAAUCCGCUUCCGGGAGUCUUUGAUUGGCCAGAAGCUUCUGAAGUUCCAAGACUGAUUCCUCCUGGAACUCGUCCGCCAUCAGUUGUCUGUCCAGUGACAACAGAGCUAUCGCGCAACGACACAGCUACGAGUAAGUUGGUAGUAGCCAGAUAACGAUCCAAUGGUAAGAAACAGGCCUGAGGAUCAUCAGACUGAAUCUGAACCAAACCGAACUAAAUCAUGAAGAUGGUAACGUUUGCUAACUGAUUUUACAUUGAAAUGCGUUUGGUCUGGUUUGAGUUUAUGGGAAACUUAGGAUUUAUGAGGAGCGGCUUAAGAAGGCGACUCUCGUUUUAUUUACACGAGGAUAAAAACAUUUAGCACACAUUUCGCCUUGAUGCAUUAAUCGAAUGUGUAAGUAUUAAUGUCUUUGAUCUUUUUGUCUGCUGAAUUAACAUUGUUACCUAGUAUAUCUUAUCUCC